GGCAACGUCCAAAAUGAAAACAAAACCCAGCCUGUUUUCAAUUUUCAAAGGUUUUGUCAGCGGCAGACUGACAUCGACAUGCCUUGUCUUGAUCCAAGUGUCCCUCGGGCUUGGGCUCACUCUCUACACUAAAAAGAACUUUUGGGCUCGGGGAUAUCAUACCAGUCUUAGCCUUUGAAUACAGCUUUGACAAACAACGAGUCGUUGUAGCGUAUAUAGAGAAUGCUGACCAAUCAGUUCUUGAUAAAGACGAAGAAUUCACCGUCAUUCCGCGUGGUCGACUUCAUGAAGCCACUUGUGUAACAAAGGAGCAUAUAACAAGUCAAACAAACUCCUCGUCCGAACUUAUGCCAAGUCUCCGGUAGAGAUUGAUUGAAGGUUCUCUAAUCAGCUGCCUUUGAAAUGAGCUGAUAAUCAGAAUGGUCAAGAAACGAAGAAAACCAAUGGUUUGGGUAAUAUCUUUAGCUGUACCUGUAGGCCAUCUCCUAUACUUUGUCCCUAUUGGGUGCCAACCAUAAAUUAGAUGUAUAUUUGUAUAUUACCUUUCGAGGUCCAUGUCAAAUAGGUCCAUGUAAUUAAUAUAGGGAUUGACCAUUCGAGAAUUUGAAACCAAUACCAGGAUAAUUUAUCGAUUUGAGUCACUCCAUUCAGAAAAAGCAACUUCUGUAUAAAUCAAUAUCUUCUUUCUCAGCUGCAGCAACCAAUAAAUUCUUUCAAACCAUGAAGUGGAUUUUCUGGUGCUGGCUUUCACUGGUCCUGGUACAGUUAAACGAUUGCCAGUGCUUUGGCUGCCAUGAGGAAGAGAGGCUUGCUCUUUUGAAACUCAAAACAUCUUUCUAUCCGGAUAAGAGCUAUGCUCCUCCUUCUUGGGAGGAUGAUGAUAGUGACUGUUGUGCUUGGGAAAAUGUGGUAUGUGACAAAGAAACAAAACAAGUAAGUAAGCUUUUUCUUAACAGCUCAUGGGAUCCCCUUGAAGUAUAUGAAGAUGUGAAUCUGGAUGCCACCCUUUUUCUUCCAUUUAAGGAUCUGACUUCCCUAAACUUGUCUUCAAACAUGUUUUCUGGUUUGGCUGAUAAUGAUGGUACAAGAAACUUCGUUUUUUCAGUUUAUCAUUUCAGGAUUCUAUUUUGCUGCUGUGAAAUAGGAAGGAGGUUUAAAUAUUCAUUUUUUUCGAAUUCUCUUCGUUCAACAGGCUUUGAAAGACUGUCUAAACUGAACAAGUUGAGAUUCCUUGAUUUGAGCGGGGGCUAUUUUAAUGACAGCAUCCUUGCACAUGUUGGAGCAAUCUCUUCACUUACUACUUUGUAUUUGGCUUCGAACUUAAUGACCGGAGCUACUCAUUUCCAAGAACUGGCUGCUCUGUCUAACUUGGAGGAGUUGGACUUGAGUGAGAAUUUGUUAGAAAGCUUCAUGGAGAUUCAAGGUCUUAAAAAAUUGAGCAAACUGAAAGUCCUGAACCUAAACUCAAAUAAGCUCAACAUGAGUACUUUACUGUCUCUCGGGAAUCUCCAUUCGCUCAAGAGGCUUUAUAUCAACCAUAAUAGCUUGGAAGGAUCCAUUACUAUUGAUGGGCUCAACAGUUUGAGAAACUUGGAGGUCUUGGAUGUCUCUUCCAGUAAUAUUUGCAGCAACUUUCUUCAGGUUUUAGAGUAUAUGAUAUCCCUUAAAGGCUUAUCCUUGCGUGAUAAUAGUCUCAAUGCCACCCUGGAUUUGCUAGGCUUGUGCAAACUUAGGGAUCUUGAAGAGUUGGAUAUCAGUCAUAACAGUUUCAAAGGCACAAUCCCUUCCUGUGUUGAAACCUUGACAUCCCUUCGAGUUCUGGAUAUCUCUAGAAACAGGUUUUCGGGGAACAUCAGUUCAUCUUUCAUCUCUAACCUCAUUUCCCUUGAGUUUCUUUCCCUUUCUCACAAUGUAUUCCAAAGUUUGGCCCCAUUUUCCUCAAUUGCUAACCAUUCUAAGCUUGAGGUCUUUGAGCUCAUCGGUGAUAACAAUGGAUUAAUGGUUGAAAUCGAUGAUCAUAAUUGGGUUCCACGCUUCCAACUGAAGAUCUUCCGUCUUUCGGGCUGUUCAGUUGAUGAAGGAUCCAUGUUCAAAUUUCUUUCUUACCAAUAUGAUCUUAGAGUGAUUGAUCUCUCUGAUAACAACUUGGAAGGAGAUUUUCCUACUUGGUUGAUGGAGAAUAAUACAAGAAUGGUAGAACUACAUUUGAAAAAUAAUUCGUUCAAAGGCCAAUUUCCUCUUCCAUGUCGUCCUAGCACGUUCAUCUCCGUUGUUGAUAUUUCCAACAAUCAGCUUCAAGGACAUAUCCCAUCAAACAUAAGUGUCUAUCUCCCAAAUCUGAAAUUUCUGAAUCUCUCAACGAAUUCCUUCAAAGGCAGCAUUCCUUCUUCAUUCGGUGAUAUGAAAAUCUGCUCGUUUUGGACCUGUCAAACAAUGAACUCUUGGGAAACAUACCUGAUAGCUUGGUCUCUGGCUGCUUUCUUUUGCAUGCUUUAAUAUUGUCAAACAAUAAUCUUAGCGG